ACCCAAUCCAUCACUCCUUCCCGGGAUUUGUUUCAUGUUUGGGUCUAGGGUUUAUGAUUUUCUUUUCCGGCUUUGAACAACAUGGAAGCAGCCAUUGCCACUGUUAUUCCAUCUUCCUUAGGAUUCUCCAGAGCUACCAAUUUCCGUUCUAGAUCGACUGUUUUCAAUGUCAAUGGAUACCUUAAUUUGAAGUCUCACUCAAGGCCUGGACAUAGGAAAAUGGCUUCUGGAUGGAAGGAGCAGACAAUGGUUAGGGCAUCAGCAACUGUCGACAACGACUCAUAUGAGUCCGCAGCUCCAAUCGCCCCACUUCGCCUGGAAUCUCCAAUUGGUCGGUUUUUGACUGAGAUCUUGAUAAGCCACCCACAUCUCGUGCCUGCUGCAGUUGAACGGCAGCUUGAACAGUUUCAAACAGACCGUGAUGCUGAGGGACACAAGCAAGAGUCUUCAGCUUCUGGCAUUGAGUUAUUAUUAUACAGGAGGAUUGCAAAAGUUAAGGCUAAUGAAAGGAAAAAAGCUCUUGAAGAAAUCUUGUAUGUAUUGGUUGUGCAGAAAUUUGUGGAUGCCAAUGUUCCUUUGAUACCCAGAAUGAGCCCCUCUUCCCUGGGCUCAUCUGGCCGAGUAGACAAUUGGCCAAGCCUGGAUAGGGACCUUGGGGAGCUUCACUCUCCUGAAGCCACUGAGAUGAUCCAGAACCACCUAGCUUUCAUUUUGGGAAACCGCUUUGGUGAUUCAACCUCAGUGGCUAAGAUGAGCAAACUCAGGGUUGGGCAGGUGUAUGCCGCGUCUGUGAUGUAUGGUUACUUCCUUAAGAGGGUAGAUGAGAGGUUUCAGCUUGAGAAGACAAUGAAAAUCCUUCCAUAUGCCUUGGAUGGAGACAAGGGUUAUGUUGAGGAAGCUAUGGGGAUGUCGCCCUUUGGUAGUGAUGACUCUGUCCAAAGUCUAGAAUCCCAGCCUGAGGUCUCAUGUUGGGCUGGUGGCUUGACCAUCGGUUCUUUUGGUCAUUGGAAAAAACCGUCCUCACUUGGAAGCUAUGUGAAGUCGAUUGAUGCAGAAACACUAAUGAGGUAUACAACUAUAAGAUCCAUGGAGGCUGUAAGCAUCAUUCAGAAGCACACCCAGGCAUUGUUUGGAAGACGUGACGUUGCUAUAAUUCCCAAUAUUCCUAUGUGGACCUUGGAUUCUUCCGAGGAUGAACUCAUCAAGAUGAGCUUUGGUGGUUUGAAGAGACUUGUUUUGGAGGCUCUGACUUUUGGUUCUUUUCUCUGGGAUGUUGAGAGCUUUGUGGAUUCUAGGUUACAUUUUAUUGUAAACUAACUUCUGUUUGCUUGAGUCCAUGCCAGAAAUAAUCUUGGUAAAGAUGUCAUUAACUGACCAGCAAAUUGAUCUGUAUAUAUUUACGCAAUUUUAAUUUGUUAAGGAUCUUAAACAGUUGAAUUUGUGAUUUUGGUAUCCACUAUCCUAGAGUCGAAAGUGAAAUUCA